AUGUAUUUUAACAGUUACAACGAUCCCGGCAGUCACAACGGUCCCGGCAGUUACAGCAGCGGCCCGGCUAGUCACAACGGCCCCAGCAGUUACAACGGUCCCGGCAGUCACAUCAGCGGCCCAGCUAGUCACAACGGCCCCGGCAGUCACAACGGUCCCGGCAGUUACAGCGGCGGCCCGGCUAUUCACAACGGCCCCAGCAGUCACAACGGUCCCGGCAGUCACAGCAGUGGCCCGGCUAGUCACAACGGCCCCGGCAGUCACAACGGUCCCGGCAGUCACAGCAGCGGCCUGGCCAGUCACAAUGGCCCCAGCAGUCACAACGGUCCCGGCAGUCACAGCAGCGGCCCGACCAGUCACAACGGUCCCGGCAGUCACAACGGUCCCGGCAGGUACAGCAGUGGCCCGGCUAGUCACAACGGCCCCAGCAGUCACAACGGUCCCGGCAGUCACAGCAGUGGCCCGGCUAGUUACAACGAUCCCGGCAGUCACAACGGUCCCGGCAGUCACAACGGUCCCGGCAGGUACAGCGGCGGCCCGGCUAGUCACAACGGCCCCAGCAGUCACAACGGUCCCGGCAGUCACAGCAGUGGCCCGGCUAGUUACAACGAUCCCGGCAGUCACAACGGUCCCGGCAGUCACAACGGUCCCGGCAGGUACAGCGGCGGCCCGGCUAGUCACAACGGCCCCAGCAGUCACAACGGUCCCGGCAGUCACAGCAGUGGCCCGGCUAGUUACAACGAUCCCGGCAGUCACAACGGUCCCGGCAGUCACAACGGUCCCGGCAGUCACAACGGUCCCGGCAGGUACAGCAGUGGCCCGGCUAGUCACAACGGCCCCGGCAGUCACAACGGUCCCGGCAGUCACAGCAGCGGCCCGGCUAGUCACAACGGCCCCGGCAGUCACAGCAGUCACAGCAGUAACAACGGCCCCGGCAGUCACAGCAGUCACAGCAGUAACAACGGUCCCGGCAGUCACAACGGUCCCGGCAGUCACAGUAGCGGCCCGGCUAGUUACAACAAUCCCGGCAGUUACAACGAUCCCGGCAGUCACAACGGUCCCGGCAGUCACAACGGUCCCGGCAGUUACAACAAUCCCGACAGUCACAACGGUCCCAGCAGUCACAGCAGCGGCCCGGCUAGUCAUACUAGUCAUCAUCUACCUAUUCCAACAAUAUUCGAUACAUAUGAACAAAUAUAUAACUAUCUCCAAACCUUUCAUCGCAAUAAUGCCAAUACAUCUUACCUUUAUAUGUGA